CUGUAAUGUUUACAAGUGAAGGCGAAGAGGACUGCUCUGGGAAGGCGGUGUCCUGCCAUACUGUUGCCAAAGCAUUUGGAUAAGGCUGGGCCUUUAAUAUGCGGCGGGGGGAGCACGUUUCUCGGGCUUUCCAGGCCCCGGUGGACGUCCACGCCAGCGCAGACGGCCAAGUAUACAUGUUCAACAGGGGACUCAAUGAGUCUGCAUCCUCAGAUGAUGAGGAGCUCAACGUCAUGGAGAUGAGGCCGCGUGUUUUCCAGGAGCAGGACAGACUGAGGAACGUUGAGCUUCUGGAGCGGGAUGUUUUAGACGGUGACAACCUCAACAAGAUUGCACUUCAGUACGGCUGCAAGGUUGCAGAUAUAAAGCGGCUGAACAACCUAAUGCAGGAACAAGAUUUAUUUGCACUGAAAUCUAUCAAAAUACCCGUUCAGAAACACAGCUUUUUAACGGAGACGUGCACAGACCCUCAAGAAGAAAAGCCACAUUCAGCCACCAGCACACCAGCGAAGCCUCAGGACCGAGCCAGAGCCCAACCACAUCUGCAGGAGGUCACCGACUUUCUAAUGGAGGUGGACAGCGAUAUCGAAAAACUGAUUCAGAGCACAAAUGAUCAAGAGGAGGAUUUCCUGGAUUACUCUGAAAAACAGCAGCGUUUCGGUUUAAAGGGACAGCGGCUGAGCAGUCACGGUGCAGACUGGGGCAUCCAGUGGUGGAACGCUGUAGUCGCCAUGCUCCUGAUAGGCAUCGUCCUGCCAUUAUUUUAUGUAAUUUAUUUCAAAACUAAAGAUAGUGAAGUCGUUUCACCUACAAAUGGUAACGGUGCUUUCAGCCAGUCAUCCAUCUCCUCUUCAAACACCUCGGGCACAGACGCUAGUAUAAGUUGACCUGAGCAUUUUCAAAGACAGUGCAGGCUCAACCAUUUUCAAAACUGCUGCGGUAGCUGAUCUCAGCAGUGAGUGACAAUCCAAAAAAAGCCAAAUUUUGUGAAAAUUUACCUUGUGCAAUACCACCGUGUAUCAGUGAAAUCUACCUUUUAUUUGAUACAAUAACCAAUACUUGAGGCAGAUACUUUCAUGACAGUCAUGAAGUGAAACUACUGCACAUUGUGCUCAUUUUUGUGACAAUGUAGGUCACCAACAUUUCACCAAACAGCUUUUAUAGAUUUCCUGAAGUAGUGCUCUUGAUACUGUUGAUCCUUUGAUUUGAAAAACAGCUAAUGUUUGUCGCAGUAAUAAGUCCUCAGGUGUUUUACUAAAUCUGAGGUACAGAGUGGUGCAGGGAUGAGUCCUAAAAUCCAGAAAUAAGUUAGUAUCGUAGCACUUCUGGUUUCCGUGUCUCAAAAUCAAUGUUUUUUUUUUGUUAGAUGCCUGAAAUAAGGUUUUUACUUGACACGUGCUUAUGAGACUUUAAUGUUUUGUUCUAUAGCAUGAAAUAAGCUAGUAAAUACCCCUCUCAUACAUUUUGAAGCUUUUACAUGACUUAAUAAAAGCUGGUUGCUAACAAGAGACAAGGUAGCUAACUGAGACUACGGAACAUUAUAAUGCCAAACACUUUACAGUUUCGUUGUGGCAGGGAUGUGACAGUAAGGUAGUCAGGUUAUAGCCUAACAUUAGCUUUUUACUUCUGGCAUUUGCAUUUACCUUUUUAAAAAUCCUAAAAGUAAUGUUCAUUUGUGAAGAGUAUCUUGCUUGUUAAUUCAAAAAUAAUUCAAACCCCUAUUGAAAAGUACCAUUGGCUUAUAGUCAAGAGAACCAGGGCCACACUAACUUUCAGGUUGGCCUAUAAAUAAAUGUCACCCCUGCCGCACUCUAUUAAAUGGUUGUGUUGUGAACCUCCUCACAUGAAUGACACAAGCUGAGAGUAAUUGCAAAUGAAAAAUGUAUUUGUCUGGGGAAAAAAACAUCACAUCGCUUUAUUUUAGAGCUAGGCAAUAUGGAGAAAAUCAAAUAUCACAAUAUUCUUGAACACAUACCUCAGUAUCACAUUAUGAUGAUUGCAGGGUUGAUAGUCGGUGCUUUCACAGAAAUGUUUCAUAAGAGUUUUGAUAAAUAAUCGUCAGUGGGUGUAAUUGCUAAGUGGGUAAAGACUAAUAGUAGAGCAGAUACACCAGUCCUGUUAUUUCAGUGAGUUGGUAUCACUUUAUUGCAAUGCAGCCUUUAAAACCAGAAAAAUACAACAUUUAGGAUAUUAUGAUAUUAUGACAAAAUCUAGGACUCAAUCAAUUCUCAUGUCAUGAUAUAAUAUGGACAUAUCGCCCAGCCCUGCUUUAUCAUAACCUGCCUUCCACCAGUGCCUGUUGUCAGUAUAAAUACAUCAGGUGUCAUCAUAUCAGUGUCAUAUACUGGGGACAGACAUCUGAUCCACUACAGUAAUAUUUUUUUAAACUUUUGCCUGAAAAAAUGAUAAAGUGGGAGAAAAGCGCAUCAGGUUGAACUGUGUUUGACAUGGCUUGGAGCGUUAAUUGUAUGCCUUAUUUGAUUUAACUUAUUUGUGUCUGUGUUCAUCUUUGAGUUAUUGCUAUGCACCUCAUGCCUUCUCUCUGAGUCUGAGUACAGUGCUAAAGGUGUCAGUGGUGUUCACAAGGUUUUGCUUUUUGAAAUGACAUGAAGUCAUUUAGAAGUUCUCUGAACUAAGAUAAUAAAAAGUGCCUUAAAGCUUCAUCGUCAGGUUGACAAAGUAUUGCACACUCCAUCUCACACGGUCUGAUGGGCAGUAGGUAGUGAAUUUCUGUGGCUUGUCUAAUGCACUUUUUAAUGUCUGAAGUAUUUUA